AUGCACUGCGAGUCAGCGGCUGCCAUUGUCAUUGACUACAACCUCCCUCUGACGGCCGAGGAGUUCUCUGAGAAGAUAAUUCCUAUGUAUCAAGAGAGGCAAUUCCUUAUUCAAACCUUUUAUCUCCACUAAUAUUACCGUCUUUAUUUUUUCACAGAGCUCCCUUCACGUCUGUAUGCACGGAGAACUCCAGAAAUGUACCUCUUCUAUUUUCUUCCGUGUCGUUAAUACUAGUUAAACGAUUAAACCUUCCAAUUGUCGUUAAUGCUUCCUUUCAUUCCACAGAAGAAUUGCAUCUUUGGUCAGUAAAGUUAAUGAUAGACAAAUCGUACCGAUUAAGUAUGAUUAGUGGACGUAUAUUGUACGCUAAGGCGCGCACGUACUCUAACACACGACAUUUGCGCCACACAGACACAUACCAAGUGAGACAGAUUGAAUACCGCUUACAGAUGUUGAUGCGCAUCCAUUAUUUUAGGUGGCCACAAGUAAAACCACUUCCAGGUGCUAAUCGACUCAUCAAACAUCUCCACAAGCAUGGGAUUCCUCUUGCUCUUGCUUCAAACUCUGUGAGGAAGAAUGUACAGAAGAAAAUUUCAUACCAACAAGGUUUGUGCUUCGAUCAAAGCUUGUGAACAGCUGGUUUGAUCAGGAUAUUCAUGAUACAUUAAUUGUUGUCUGGAUGAUAGACAGCAUAUGCUUGCCGCUUAGUAUACUUGCUUUUGGAAGUGCUUUUAUUUAUUUUGAAUCAGUAAGUUUUAUCGAGCAUGGACCUUCGAAACAUAUGAACUGUGAUGCAAGGCACAAUGAAAUCAGAAACUAAUUCUCUAACUCUCAAAUGUACUGAGCAUUCUCGCACUUGGGUUCGGUUAAUAUCUGCGAACAUUAUGUCAAAAUAAUCGUGUAGACAUCUGUUUAGUUACAAAAAAGGAAGAGAUGGAAAACCAAAAUUACAUAUGAACUAUCAAUGAUUCCCAGUAAAAGUAUUAUGCUUGAUGAUAAUGUGAAGGAAGAAUGAACCUACAAGUCUGUCUCAAACCUUCUUAGCUAUUUUUGUUUGUCAAUAGUGUCCCCCCAAAAAUAGAGUAGAAAGGUAUGUAUUUCCUUCGUCUCAAUAAAACAUGUCAUGACUGAUUCACAUCCUACGCAUUGGUCCCUAUAAAAAUAUCAGGGUCUCACGUGAGUUUUGAAAGUUUGUUAAAAACCACUCAGGUAGCGGACAUCCAGUUUCCUCUGUUUUUGAAUCCAGUCAUCACUUCUCAGUAAAGACUAAACUACUUUAAAAAAUAUCACUAAGAUCGUAAACCUCAGUGAUAUUGCCUAAACUAUUGAGUUAUUUUGGUAAAUGAGAAAGCUGGCCAGAUAGACACACUACUGCUAUCACAAAGUGAGAGUGCCUGAUAGGUAUCUUUUAGGAUUUUCUAACUUUCAGUUAGCUCUUGAAAAAGUGAAGGGUAUUUCCGAGUCUGCUACAGUGUAGGCAUGCCUGCCAACCAUCUGCCAUUGGGUUCGUAUCUUAGAUUUUAGAUCAUUUUUUAAAACAAACAGUGAAUUGUAUGUUUCAAAACACCUAGCGGUCUGAUAUCAUCAUGGAUGACUAUCAUUGUUCUUUCACUAGAUUUCUGAUAUUUUUUCAUUUAGGAAUAAAUGUCUCCAAAAAAACUUAGUUUUGGAAUCAUGAAAAUGUUUACACAUGCUAACUUCUAUUUUAAACUUUCUUGAACAGCUAACUUUAUUCCCAUUCUCUCGACUUUCAGUGGCAGCUCAGAGGCGAGAUUUAUACAUCCUUUUCGUUCUUGGCUUAACUUUUCUUCUUUUGCACAAUAAUCAGGCUGGAAGGAGUCAUUUUCUGUGAUUCUCGGUGGGGAUGAAGUGAAUCACGGCAAACCUUCCCCUGACAUGUGAGUUAUGUCAUAUCUAUCAUCACACUUUAAGUCGGUCCAAUUCACAGUGCGGCAUUUUUUUACACUAAAUAGUGUAUUCAGUUAUAAUCCAAUUAUUUUUUUUUGCAGAUAUCUAGAGUCAGCAAAAAUGAUGGGUGUUGAUCCAUCGCGGUGUCUGGUGAUAGAAGACUCAUCGUAUGUUAGCAAUGAAAUGUCGUAUUGUAGAUUCCUUCCGAUCUUUACAUCUUCUUUAGUCCGCAGCUCCGUCUUUCCCAUCCUUCUAAUGCUUAUCUUAACUCAUCUCUAUGCACGCCAGCAAAGUUGAAGGGUCGGCACAAUUUAUAUUGCUGGAACACCAAAAAUUUGAAAUUAAUGCUUAGUGGACCACUUAUCCAAAAGAAAACCUGUGUCACACGUAAUUUAGGUUCCAUGGCUUUCUCUGUCGAUACCCAGAAGGAGGGCCACACAUCCACUAUCACUAUACAACCACAGAAGAAACCAAAAGACUGCUUUUACUCAUGUUUGGCAAGCAUCUUCCGAGACCUACCCUCUAUUCCAAGGAAAACAAAUGGCUGUUUUACUGUGCUAUGAGAGCUGGCAAAUUUUGUCGGCACUAGAAAGUGUUGAUCUUCUAAUAAAAAAAUUGCGACUACUAAUCUUCUUGUCAAGUCCAUAAAUCAAAAAGCUCCUGGACUGCGUGAUUGAGAAACAUUAAGCAUCAGUUUGGAUCAACUAAUUUUGACAGCUGGCUUUCUACCGUGCAUGAAAAAUGACGAGAAUUUCAAAUGACCAAUCUAGUUCCAUGAAUCUCAGUUGGGUGUUUGGAACCUGAAAUGGUAAUUAUUAUUUCUAUUGAAUUAACGCCACUCUCUUUUAUUCAGGGUUGGCAUCGAAGCUGCCAAGGCAGCUGGGAUGAAGGUGGUUGCCAUUCCGUCUAUCCCCUUUAGGGGUGAUGAUUUUGGGGCAGCAAACUGUGUGCUCUAUUCGCUUUUAGAAUUUCUACCCGACCAAUGGGGUCUUCCAGCAUUUCAGGAUUGUACUCACUCUUCCCAUUCCCUCGAUUUCAUUUACUCCCAAAUUGAUUCCCCUGCAGGGGCAAUGAACCCACUGUCUGAUGCCUGUAGGGGUCCAAAGCACAUUGCCAAUUGAACCCUUCUACGUCAGUGGGGUCUUACGUGAUGGGGAUCCUCACGGCACACCAAUUCUUAUGGAACAUUUGCCAGGUUUGCCAUCCUUUUUAUGGACCCUUUACGAAAUUUCAAGUCGUAAUCAUUCAACCGUUCACUAAACCCUGUUUUUUUGCUUGCUCUGUGAAUAACCAGAAGAGAACCAGACUGCACCCCUCCCUAUUCAAACUUCUGGGGUUUUCUUCGGCUGGGCCAAGCUUGGAACGCGAGGAGCUUUCAAAGUGGUGGCGAGCAUCCAGUGGGAUAUCUCUCCAGCCGGAGCUAGGAAGUUAAUUGUGAGAACUGGACGAUUUUUCCUUAUCGUUCUCCCUUUAGUCGUCAUCAUCAACCCUCUGCGACCCUCUUCUUCUUCUUGUUCUUCCUCUUUCCAGAGGCCGCACGUUCUUGCUGAAAUCAGCAGCGACACCGCAGGGGAGAAGCUGCGCCUGUUGUUCGUCGGGUUCAUCAGGAAGCUCCAUAGAGAGCGGCGGGCGAAGGUACAUGAGAAUCGCAUCAGAGCCACUGGUUUCCUUAGAGAUUCUUGCUUUGUUCUCAUCGUCACCCACCACGUCAACGUCUGAAAUUUCGAUCACCCCCCUCGCAGGAAGGCUCUUCGACGACUUCCGCCGUAUCAGAGGAGGACAAGAGCGUCGCCGCUGCAGCUUUAGAUCUCCCCGCCUUCGCUGACCACAAGGGUAACCCUUUUCUAGCCGACCCGUCGAAUCCUCUCAAAGCUUACAGUUAG